CGUCAACGUGUUCUCUAGUGGUCCAGUGCGACCGAUAUCUGACCGCGCCCCCAACAAGCAUUGAUCACGCCGUUCUAAAAGAUGUGUGUCUGUCAUCAUAGCAUCAUGAUUUUGACAAGGACCGCGUUACUUAAAGACCAACUCGGGACUUUAAUCACAGCCCUCAGGCGUUCUCACUACUCAAGGUUAUGUACAUCUCGCGAUCCACGGAAAACAUACAUCGGUCGACGUCCAAUUGUUCGUUAUGGGACCAGAAGGUGUGGAGAAGAGGCACAAUCAUGCUAGGAGGGACCUCCAGUGCGAAAACGAGCUUCGACAUACCGAGGCCCAUUGUUGGUGGUUCAGAUGCGGUUGUCUCUCGAUUCCCAGCUACUGUUUGGCGGAAAAUAUUGGCAGAGUUGUCUCAUGAGGAUAUUAAAUCCAUGACACUCUUAUCCAGCAUCUUUCGUUCCCUCUGUCAGCCGCUACUCUUCCGGAAACUCGUGCUACAUCCGUACUACACAUCCCUUGCCGAUCGUGGCUUCACGUACCUUCACCGAAGGCGAUGGAUAAAGCAAUCCGAGUUCUUCCUCCUUCCCCACAUCGCGCCUGUCAUCGAAGAAUGCUACAUAGUGCCCCGCGGCAUUCGGCUUGGAGAUGGGGGACAAAAGUGGUCUACGAUGGAUGACAUUGUCGACUCUAUCUUUAACAUUCUUCCAAAUUUUGUGAAUCUGGAGAAGUUGGUCUGCUACCAGGUUGACCUUACGUCAAAGCGCAUGAUUAAUGGUCUCAGGGUCCUUUCAUUGAAGUCAAUCUGGUUGGACUCGUGCUAUCGUAGCGGGCCCCGGAUAUCUGACAUGGUCCCUAUGCCUUUGGAUACGGUUGUCCUAUACAAUUCAGUGCCACCGCGUGGAUCUCAUAUCGACCCGUCGUUCUUGUCACGCUUCCUUCAUUCACCUCAUCUCAAAAAACUUGUGGCUGGGCCUACAGAUGAUAUCCUCGUCGCUAUGAUCCUACACCCUAAUCCAUUCUGGCAUUUGUCAGAGCUCGACGUGCCCAUCGACUGUAUAAUGUCGAAUAAUAACUUCGUUGCGGCGCUAAAUAAGUGCCCCGAGCUGACGAGACUGUCUCUACGUCCGUUCCACAAGCCAGUACCGAAGCAUGGUUUAGCUUCAUUCCCCAUCCAUAUCGUCCCGAAGCUUCAGUUCUAUAAAGGACCACACGUUUGUUUACCUGCAUUCGCCAAUGAUCGUCGACUGAAGACGAUCGAUAUCUCCUUUGCGUGCUCUCCAGAGGGUCUCAAAAAAUCACUGGAUAGAGUAAAACAGCCCGGUCGAGAUCAUGUUGAGUCCUUGACCGUCAAAAUCAACUGCAAUCCACUCGCUUCUGCGUUGCUUCAUCAUAUCCAUGCUGCGUUCCCGUGUUUGCGGGUACUGGUCAUCAAGCACGCAGCAUGUUCCGCUCUGGAUUGGUCUGCACUUCUGAAAGGAGAAGAGCACUGCUGUAUCCAGACCUUGCGGUUCGGCGUGAAUAUCGGGGAUCCGUAUUUGACAUGGAACACCCCGUUGCAACAGAUACGUGAAGCCACCAAGGCGUUUGUAUACCUCUACCCCUCACUCAUGCGAACGUACCCGUCAUUGCAGAGGGCCCAGAUUGUGUACAAUGCCAAUGGGGUAUCGUUGGUAUGGCGCAAUCGCUCGCCGGGUAGAUCUACUGCCUUGGACCUGAGGGAUGUCCGUGUGGAGGUGGACUCAAACAAGCCUGAGAGCAUAGGUAGGAGUCUACGGCCUGGGGAGAUGCAAACGAGCCGUGGGCAGUGGGCAGUGGUGGUUGACCGAAAUAUGGCCCUGGGCUUGAAAUCUACUUUAACACAUGCCUGAUAUUCGUUGGCCAGAGCGUAUCAUGGUACAAUAGCAUUUGAAUAAUAGAAUCUUUAGGACGGUACAAGUUGUUGUAUACGACAAGCGUCUGCUAGGAACGUAUCAAGUAAUUUAGUAGACCCCUGCACAGGGGGAGGUAAAUCAUGUACUUAGCGAUGUUUGAUCCCCAUCAAUCGGAAUAGCAUACGACCAUCAACGACAAUCCUCGCUCACUGCCGAUACCGUUAGGAACGCCUUUGUGCUUUGCUUUGCUGUUGGUGGAGGAGGUCGUUCGUCCGAGAAAAGAAAGCAGCGUGACUCUAUGUGAUUGAGGGUG